AAACAUUUUUGUAUAAAUAAUUAAAUUGGAUAACCAAAAAUACCACAAGAGUCAGAACCCAUUCCCAAGAUAAUGGAAACAACAUUCAGGUCUCUUAUUUCUAUCAUCUUACUUACUCUUGCCGUCAAAGAAUCCUAUGGAUGUUCCUUGAACAACAUCACUAUCGGCACAACAAGAAGUGGGAGAGAAAUAAAAGACAUGCCUGAGUGGAACGUGGUUGUGAUUAACAACUGUAACUGCACACAAAGCAGUUUAGUGUUGUCUUGUGUAGGAUUCAAAACUCUAGAACCUGUUGACCCUUCAAUAUUUUUGGUCAGAAAUAAUACUUGCCUCCUUAUCAAGGGAAAUCCGUUGCCGGCUUUUGGUACCGUUAAUUUUUCUUAUGUUUGGUAUCCUCCCUUUAUUAUGAGGCCUACAAGCUCUGUCAUAGGACCUUGUAAGUAAUAGAGAUUUACAUUAUUAAGUAAUAAAAUUGAUCCAAAUAUAGAACACAGUGAA